AUGGGGAAAAAAGGUGUUUCAAUUGGUCCCUUCUGUACUAUUGGGCCUUUUGCAAAGUUGGGAAGGGCUUGUCAACUGUACCCUGGAAGCCACAUCUUUGGAAAUACUGAACUCGGGGACAAUUGCAUCCUGAUGACGGUGCAUAUUUUUAGCAGUGGUACUGUAAUUGGAGAUGAUCUUCUUGGUCAUACAGUCGUCGGGAGAAACAAUGUUUUUGGGCAUCAUGCUGUAAUUGGUGUCAAGUGCCAGGACAUGAAAUAUAAGUUUGGGAAUGAGUGUUUUCUCGAGAUUGGUGACAACAAUGAAAUCAGGGAACAUGUAUCCAUCCAUCGAUCUUCAACUCCCAUUAUUGGUGAUAAUAAUCUUAUUAUGGGCUCUUGCCAUAUAGCUCAUGACUGCAAAGUGGGCAACAACAAUAUUUUGGCAAACAGUACACUUCUUGCAGGUCAUGUUGUGGUGGAGGACUAUGCUCACACUGCAGGAGGUAUCGUAGUUCAUCAAUUUUGCCGUAUUGGUUCGUAUGCUUUCAUUGGUGGUGGUUCAGUGGUUUCUCAAGAUGUUCCAAAGUUCAUAAUUGUCUCCGGGGAAAGAGCUGAGCUUCGUGGGUUGAAUCUUGAAGGCUUAAGACGUCGUGGGUUUUCUGCUAUGGAGUUAAGAAUACCGAGUUUCACCUGAAUCAUGGUCUUCUGAUCUCAUCCAAUGACAGAGUGAAAACAAGCAACGAUAUCCUGCACGUCCUAUGAAAGUUUUAGUAAGGUGAACAUCGCUGCACUAGGAGUAACGAACUGAGAAGAAGUUCCGGAUGAAUGGACUAAAUGAAGUUCAUCAUCAUGUCAUAGUUUGUAUACAUAUAUCUCACCACUGCAUUUUUCCAGAAUCUCGUGAUUCAUGGUAGUAGUUCGUUGACCUGUUCUUCCUCUCCGGGAGCAACUAUAGUGUCCCUGGCUCUAUGUCAUCGUGUUAUCGAUAGCAGAAGCUGCUAAUUGAUUCAAGCAGCAAUAUCGCUUGUUUAUCGCCUUAUAAUUAUAUUGAUAGAGAGAGAGUUCAACAUUUGCAACAAAUUCCUUUCUGUGUUACUCUGAAUCUGUAAUUCUUUACCAAGGUUAAAGAGUUAGAUUCUUGUGAUGGUAGACAUUCAUUAGUGUGGAAUGUGGAUAUAUACUACUACUACUUCACUUGUUUCAAUUUGUUUGUCUGAUUUUUGACUUGACACGGAGUUUAAGAAAGUAAAUGAUAGGUUUG